CAUCACCAACACAAUAACAUCAUCAUGAACAAGAAAGCAAAAACAAUUUUAUACCUAGUGUUGGCCCUAUUUGUAUUCUAUGUUUUGUAUAAUUUUUAUAUUUAUACUUUCCUGAUAGAUAUGGAUAGGAAUACACCUUCUACUAGUAAUGUGAUAGUAAAUCCUAAACAAGAUACACCUACCGAUGGUGGAAAACAAGAAAUUAGACCUGUGCAUAAUCCAGUCAUCAAGAGUGAUGCAACAGGAAAGGAUCAAAUUUAUAAAAUUAGUGAAUAUCAUCCAAUUUAUGAACAGUUCGUAAAGGAGGAAAUACAAUCGGAAUAUCAUCCUAGCUCUUUUAUAAUUGCAAUUGUUGCAACAAAGAGACCAUAUUAUUUGGAAGCUACUUUGCGUUCACUUCAACAAGUUCUUUACUAUAAUCCUAAGAAUACUUAUAUUUACCAAUAUGGAGAUGAUAAAGUUAUUAAUCAAAUUGCAAGAAAAUAUGAUAUUUCAAUGAUUCAUAAUCAAAUUUUAACUUCAUAUGAGGGAAGACAGUUGACUGAAGGAGCUGAACAUAUUUCCCUUCACUACAAAUAUAUUAUUGGUCACGUAUUCGAUAAUCAUAAGGAUGUUAAGCAUUUCAUUAUUGUUGAAGAUGACAUGUUAUUUGCUCCAGAUUUUCUCUUAUAUUUUGCUCAAACAGCCAAAUUUCUUCAUGAGGAUGAGUCUAUUUAUGCAAUUAGUGCUUAUAAUGACAAUGGUAUGAGAGGAAAAGUUAAAUAUGACAAUAUGGUUUACAGAACUGAUUUUAUGAUUGGUCUAGGCUGGUUAGUUUCGAGAAGAAUAUGGGAAAAAGAAUGGAGAUACAAGUGGCCAAGAUCACAUUGGGACCAUUUCUUACGGGCAGACAAUAACAGACUAGGUAGACAAAUUAUUUUCCCUGAAGUUCCUAGAAUCUAUCACUCUGGUUACACUGGUACUCACUCUACUGUUGCUUUAUAUGAAAGAUAUUUCAGAAACCACUUGCUAAAUCCAAAUGGAUUUUCACCAUUAGGUAUUGCAAGGGAUCAUUAUCAAAAUGGUGAAUAUGCAAUGUUCGACCUAGAAAGAACAACUACAAAAUAUACACUCGAAUACUUGAGAAAAGAAAACUAUGCAAAAUUUAUCAAACACUUGUUAUUUGAAGAUCCUAAUAUUGUCUACGUUAGCGAUCCUGAUACAAUUAUUAAUUAUCAAGGAAAAAUUAUUGUCAUUGCAUAUAGUACACAGAAUCCUCAUGUUAAUAAUGAAUGGGUUUCUAUUUCAGAAUAUUUUGAAUUGUGGCACUCAACACCAAUUAGAGAUGAAUACAAUGGUGUAAUGCUGUUUAGAUGGUCUGAUAAUAUGAUAUUAAUUGUUGGUAGUUAUUCUCCUUUCUAUGCAGAAACUUGUGGAAAAGCUGGUUCUCAUUGUCCAGCCCCUAUUUCAAAAUUCCACAAGGAUUCAAAUUGGUCUCUGCCAAAGAAAGAUAGCAUAAUUACUUUUGCCAUUUCAAAACAAGGUCAAUCCUGUUCAUCUUACUGUAAGCAAGGGUUUAAUAUGGAAUGCUAUCGUUUCUCAUUUGAAGAGAUGAACAGUUGUAAAUUUUUGAGAAAAUUUGUGGGACAGGAAUGCACCGAAUGUAUACCAAGUUCUGGACCUGACCAACCAGCCAUUGAUGUAGACAGUAAACAGUGUCUCUUUAAUGGAGGUGGUAGAGGUAAAUUUAUUUCUACAUGUGAAGCUUAUCAUGUCAAUACUAAGAGAAUUUGUCCAUGUUUUGAUGAAAAAAAGACAAUUAUUUUGAGGGAAGAAUGGGAAGAUAUAAUCGCUCAAUCCCAAUACGCUGCUACACACAUUGUACCAAAGAUUGAGUAAAAGAAUCCAUAACAU